AUGGACAAAGUAGGAGGCGUUCUCGGGGGCGUGACCGAUACAGCAGGCAAGACCGUAGGCGGAGCCACCGAAACAGCGGGCAAUGCUGUCGGUGGAGUAGGUAACACCCUCGGCGACACCACCAAAGGCCUCACAGACACGGUCGGCGACACAACCAAGGGCGCAGGAAGCACCGUCUCCGAUACCACCUCCGGUGUUAAGGAUUCCACCGGUGCAGGGGGCAAGCAGGAUGCGCAGAACCCAUUGGGUCUCAGCUAG